UACUUUAAGUAUAUACUGUACUCCGUAUAGCAGUACCAGUCGCCCAUUAGCCACCCCCGGUCCUCAUCCACCUAGGCUUUAAAGGCUUCGUCACUUCCACACAUCCUCUGCUCCGCUCUGCUCCACCAAUGGCGCCCACCACCCCCGCCUCCUUCCUCCGCCCGCCGCCGCUGCCCCACCACCACCACCCCCGCAUCGUCCGCCUGCCCCCUCCCUCGGCGACCUUCCGCGUCGCUGACCUCCUCGGCGGCCGGGGUCUCUGCAACGGCGAGGUCGGCAUCCGCAAGGAGCUCGCCUCCGACUCCCCCGCCGCGCCGCCAUCCACCACCACUUCUUCCGACGAGCCCGCGGAGUCGCCACCGCCGCCGCCGGCUGCGUCCGGGGUGGACCCGGACGCGUUCGACAAGGAGAUGAUGGGCCUCACCGGCGGAUUCCCCGGCGGCGAGGUCGGCCUCAAGGACUUCGUCGCCAAGAACCCGCCUCCCCCCAAGCCGGCGCACAGGAAAGGUCUCGCCGCCGCCGCCACGGUGGAGCGGCCGAGGGCGCCGGAGCUGCCGCUGUUCCUCCCCGGGAUGGUGGUGCUCGUCAAGAACCCCAACAACGCCUACCACAUGUACUGCGGCAUCGUGCAGCGCGUCACCGACGGCAAGGUCGGGGUGCUGUUCGAGGGGGGGAUCUGGGACAGGCUCAUCACCUUCGAUCUCGACGAGCUCGAGGGGAGGGAGAAGGGCCCGCCCAUGGUGAACCCUAAGUCCGUGCUGCUCGAGUCCCUCGCCGCGGAGAUGGAGGACGAUGUGGCCAAGGAGGAGGAGGGAGAGGAGGCCAAGAAGAAGAAGGAGGAGGAAGGCACCGCCGCCGCGGCUUGACCACCAUUGCUGCUUCUGCUUCUUCUUGUAUGUAUACAGCUAUCUAUAUUUUCUUAGAUGAUGGAAGUGAAAGGGGUAUAUAUAUAUAUAUUAUCUAUUCGAUGAGUAAUUUCGAAGUGAGUAAAUGUGUUGUUGUUAAUUGCUAUAUGUACAGUUGGAAUCUUAGUGUGAAUUGGCACUAUGAAACAAACGAUUCGGAGAUAAAAGUUUAGCUUCUUUGUUGAAUUGCUA